CGAAUUGCUUCAUGAUUCUAAAUUCUGUAUGCUGCUACUUAUGGAAAGUCACGCGUGUAGAUGCUUCGCCUCUAAGCCCGCGAUAUAAUUAUGCGAUAUGGAUAGCCUGACCAAGCCGAAGCACUCACAAAUCAUUUAAUGUUUAGCAUAAGCCGAUAGUAUAUCUUCGAAAAACACAUGGCAUUUAUCACAUUUGGUUUUCUCUGUCGAUCCUAUUAGGUCGAUUAUUGCCAAUCGAUCUUUGAAAGCCACAACUAAGCGGAUUGAUUUAGGGUCUGAUUAGAUAAUUGCUGAGGUAGGUGAUUGUAGUCGAGGUAUUCCGAGUGGAGAGAUGUUUCUAUUGUUGUGGUUUCUUGUGGCUCUCAGUGUUGCUCUUGGUAGAAAUGAGGAGUAUAUCGGAUACCGGGUCUACAAUGUACAGCUUUCAAACCAGCAUCAGGUUGAGAACUUCCGAGAGUUGAAGUCUGAUCUAGUGGACUACUGGCGAAGACCAUCUUUGGAGUAUGGGAUCGUGGGCCUGGCGAUGGUGCCGCCUUCUCACUUUAACUGGUUCGAGGAGCAAUUGCUAAAGCUGGACAUCCCGAAGAAUGUGGCUAUUGAAGAUGUUUACGAAUAUUUGAAAGAAAAAGAGCAGAGCGCGGCAAUAUCUAGAACUGAAGACGGAGACAGAAUAUUUGACUAUCGUGCCUUUUACAGAUACAAUGAAAUUUUAAACUAUCUAAGAGCGUUAGAAGAAACUUACACAAAUUCAACUAUAAAUUUACAACUAGUUGAAUACGGCCGAACAGAUCAAGACAGACCACUUGUAUAUUUGAGAAUUAACAAUGAUACUGAAGUUCAGAAACCAAUUGUUGUUCUUGAAGCUGCUAUAAAUCCAAGGGAUUGGAUAACAGUACCAUCAGCUCUGUAUGCCGUUGACAGACUUUUGAAAGGUCAAGAGUUGCUGAAUGGGUUUGAUUGGAUUGUGAUUCCUGUGGUGAACCCUGAUGGGUAUGAAUACACACAUACUAAUCUUCGUCUCUGGUCCAAAUCCAGAAGUACAAGAAGUCAUCUUGGCAGCAUCUGUCCUGGUGUUAACAUCAACCGUAACUUCGACAUGGAUUGGCUUAGGUUCGACUCCAGUUCGAGUCCUUGCAGUCAUCUCUAUGGCGGAAUACAUCCUUUCUCCGAAAUCGAAAGCAGAUUAACCAGAAGUCUCUUAGAAGAGUAUGGGACUAGAAUAAGAUUGUACGUUUCUUUACAAAAUAAUGGGGGAUAUGUGACAUACCCAUGGCUUUAUGAGAGAGCAGCUAGUGGGAUGUUCAGACAGCAUCAUCUCCUAGGCUUAGACAUGGUGAAUGCCAUGAACAGUACUUACUUAUUAGGAGUAGGGUCUUUAGUACUCGGAGAUAGGGCAUCUGGCACAAGCGUCGAUUACAUGAGGAAUCAUAAUAUAUUAUAUACUUAUAAUAUAGAUGUAGUACAGAGGGAUGGUGUUAUCAUACCUGAAGAAGAUAUUCUUGAAAUAGUAGACCAUGUUUGGAGAGGAAUUGAGACUGCGGCUAAUGGAGUUAUUGUACGAUAGUUAGAGGUAUAUUUAGUUACUAAAGUUUAAAAUUACUGUAUAAGUAAAUUAUUGUUUAUAUCCUAGUUUGAAUUUGGAGACAGAUCAAAAUGUUACUUAAGUAUUUUUAAAAGUAGUUAAAGCAAAUACUGUCUUUGAUUUCUUAAUAAUAAUUUGUAACUUUUGAAAAAUAAUAUUACUUUUCAUAUUUAUUGAAAAAAAAUAUCUUUUCGGUAUUCGUGUCAUUCUAUGCAUUAUUAAUUGUUGUUGCCGAUGGUAUUUAAUCUUAAAUAACAUAAUUAUGAACGAUUGAAUGCUCUUCAAUAAUUUAAUAAAAUUUAACAUUACACUAUUCUACGAGAAAUAAUGUUGAAACUCAAAGAAAUAGUAUGAGAAAGUGUUGAGUUCGUUAAAAAUCUUAAUUAUACGCUUUUACCGUCGCCAAAGCGUUCUGUUUCAACAUUUGCAGUUGUUAAUUGUAAUUUUUGUGAACUUUUCUUAUUCUGUAUGUCAUUUGUAACGAAUUUAAUAAGGUCACAGAUUUAUUAAAACGAAGGACAAAAUUGGCUUGUGUUAUCUGAAAUGUUUAUCUCUAAAUGUUCUUUAUAAGAUGUUUUUCUUUAACGACGGAUUGCCAUGGUUUUUGCAUAAAAAUCACAAAUAAACACAGUUUAUAGGCCAAAACCUGACUAACGUU